AUGCCACCAAAUACAGAUGUUUUCGUGGACGUACAAUCCCCCGAAAAAUUUCAAAGCACAGAUCCUCUCCGCUGGCGACUCAAAGUAGAACACGGUCGACAAACGUGGCAUUACCUUGAACACGACGAUGAACUAAAGAAAUGGCCUCAGUCUAUAUGUGAUAAAUAUUGGCUCGGGAUUCCCUUUCCAACGAAACAACUCAAUACUCCCAAAACCGCCCUCGAAGCAGCGCGUAACGGUUUCGAAUUUUUCAAAUUACUACAAACCGAGGACGGCCACUGGGCCGGUGAAUACGGUGGUCCAAUGUUUCUGUUACCCGGGCUCAUUAUUGCAAUGUAUGUCACGCACACGCCAAUCCCAAAGACAUGGCGCGUUGAAAUUAUACGUUAUUUGUUUAAUCGGGCGCAUAAGGACGACGGUGGUUGGGGAAUCCACAUAGAGGGGCCUUCAACUGUUUUUGGGACUGCGUUGAACUAUGUCACACUUCGUAUUUUGGGUGUGGACGCGGAUCACCCUGCAAUGGUGAAAAGUAGAGCUACGCUUCAUAAAUUAGGAGGUGCAAUUGGGUCUCCUUCAUGGGGAAAAUUCUGGUUGGCCGUGUUGAACGUCUACGACUGGGAAGGCAUGAAUCCGAUAAUUCCAGAAUUAUGGCUAUUGCCAUAUUCUCUGCCUUUUCAUCCGGGCCGAUUCUGGUGCCACACGCGUAUGGUUUAUCUUCCAAUGAGCUACAUUUACGGCAAACGAGCAAGUGCCGACUUAUGCCCGCUCAUCAAACAACUACGUCAAGAAUUAUAUGUGCAACCAUAUGAAUCGAUUAAUUGGGCAAACGCACGAAACAAUGUGUGUGAAGUUGAUUUGUAUGUGCCACAUACUGGACUGCUUGAUUUUCUUAAUGGAAUAAUUGGCCUCUAUGAAAAAUUUCAAAAUUUGGUUGAUUUGCGGAAGUAUGCACUUAAUGAAGUAUAUAAGCAAGUGAAAUACGAAGAUGAGAAUACAUUUUAUCUUGAUUUGGGUCCCGUCAACAAAGCGAUGAAUUUGAUAGUUGUGUAUCUCGAAGAAGGACCUAAUUCCGAAGCAUUUAGAUUUUCUCGGUCAAAACUCAUUGAUUUUAUGUGGAUGGGUGCUGAAGGGAUGAUGAUGAAUGGGACUAAUGGAAGCCAAUUAUGGGAUACCGUGUUCACUGUCCAAGCUGUUAUAGAAUCGGGACUUGCUAGUGAACCAUCAAAUCAUGAGUCAAUGUUGAGGGCUCUUGAAUUUCUGGAUGAUUGUCAAAUCAAACGAAACGUUCCAAAUAUGGAAACAUGUUACAGGCACGCAUCGAAAGGUGCCUGGCCUUUUAGUACACGAGAUCAAGGGUACACAGUUUCAGAUUGUACUGCUGAAGGACUCAAGGCUGUGAUUUUUUUACAGAAUAAACUAAAAUACACACCCAAACUUGUCUCUGAAGAACGUCUUCGUCAAGCUGUAGACGUGCUUCUAUCAAUGCAAAACAGUGAUGGCGGAUUCGCGAGUUACGAAUUGAUACGCGGGCCGCGGUUGCUUGAACUGAUCAAUCCUGGGGAAGUAUUUGGGAAUAUUAUGAUCGAGUAUAGUUAUCCUGAGUGUACGACAGCUGUGUUGACUGGACUGUGUACGUUCCGUAAAUAUUAUCCUGAUUACCGUUCUGAUGAAAUUAGUGAGGUUUGCAACAAGGCCGCAAAGUACAUUCAUGAUAGUCAACAAGAAGACGGUGGAUGGUAUGGUUGCUGGGCUAUUUGUUACACGUAUGCUGCAUUGUUCGCGUUAGAAAGUCUGGCGAAUUUUGGCGAGCAUUAUGUAAACAGCACAUCAUCCAGGAAAGGAUGUGAUUUCCUAAUUUCGAAACAACGUGAAGAUGGCGGCUGGGGCGAAUCUUACAAAUCGUGUGAGAAAGGCGAAUAUGUGCAACACGCCGAAUCACAAGUAGUCAAUACAUCAUGGGCAGUGCUCGCGUUAAUGUCAGCUCAAUAUCCUGAUGAGAAAGCUAUUCGAAAAGGUAUUAAGUUUAUAAUGUCACGCCAACUGCCUCACGGUGAAUGGAAACAAGAAGGCAUUGAGGGGGUGUUCAACAAAAACUGUAUGAUCAGUUACCCGAAUUAUAAGCAUAUUUUCACUGUAUGGGCGUUGGGGCGAUACGCGAAAAUAUACAAGGAUCCCGUGCUGUUCUAG